GCUAAAAUGCGCGUAUGUGCGGGUCUCGUAAAUUACGUUGUAUCUGCCAGCACGAAAUGUGCCUUUUGAGCGAAUGGCUGUUCGCGUAUGAUAGCACUGAAAAUUACUUCAACUAGAAAUCGUCAAUUUGGCAGCAGUGGUAAAAUGCCUUGUCUUGGUCUAUCUGCUCUUUAAUGUUUGUUACUGCAGCUCUCCAGUGAGUCAGCUUCUAGAAACAGUUAUGCGUCUUUUGAAUGACUGCUCGGGGAAAAUGUAUGUAAAUGUUCCACGAGUUACUCUAAAGUUGGAAUACCACAGCUCAUAAGGAAAAGAUGCUUCGACCAUGUCAAAGGACGCAAAAGAAUAGGGAUGCAUCCAUACCUCUCUUAAGCGUGGAGGACUUAGACAGCUCAAAAUAGCUUGCAGCAGGCCGUAUUGUCGCCGCUUUAAUUCAUGUAAGAGUAGUGCAAGGAACGACCUUGUUUCGUCCCUGACUUACGACAGGCGUUUUCGCUUUUUCAAAACACAAGCAAUACAAUUGCUUUUUGUAUUCGAGAAUCUGCCAUUUUCUUUUUAAACAGCCCGCGAAAGCGCGCCUGAAAUAAUAUAUGUGAACCGCUGUCAUAUAAGCGCAGUGACUUACAAGUUUAAGAGUGCCGUUCUUGUUUUAGGGGUGCCGUUCAGAAAUCAACAUUGAAAAAACUUGAACAUGUUUUGCCGUGUAAAUCAAGCGGGCCGUGCCCAAAACUAUCGGCCCGCGUGCCAAAACUUUGGAGCGCCGUGCCCAAAACGAAUGUCGUGUAAAUGCGCCUAGACACUUUUAUUUUCAGCAUAUCGCUACUUUCAUGUUGUGAAGCAAUUAUAACGAUUUUUAUAGCAUUGUCAUCUCCUAAUUACUGCUAGUCUAUCCAUGAAAGCAAAUCCUUUUUCGGAUUUCCUGAGAACAAAAAUAACAAAUCCAUAGAAUAUAAGUAAUGUUGAAAUUUUUAAGUGAAAUAUAUCUCAAAGAGGUCGCAGUUUUGUUUCCAAAAUCCGUUUUGGAUUUUGUGCCUUAAUUUUGCAAUCCCAGUAGAACGCAUAUGACAUCUGGAGAAAUAAAAUGUCAUGCCAUAUCCCCCUGCUUAUCAGCUCCAAUAUCUGUUCAAAAUCCACAAACCAAGGACUCCUUGACCAGUCAUCCAGAUUGCAAUGAUAUUCUCUGACAAAAAUAUUUUCGACCUCGCCUUUAAUGAAUGUUAAUACGCUUCUGUUUAAAACUACUUUAUGAAGAUCACCAUUGUUCAUGUUAUUGUUGUUAUUUUUCCUUUUUCAAGUCCUGGCCAAUACCUCAGUUUUAUUGGACUCUGAAUUAACAUAAUUAAUAUUCAAGUAUCGUUAGAAGCAACUCUCUUCCUAUUGGUCGGGUUCGCUUUAGCAAUUUGUCAUUUAUCACUAGAGACAACACGAGAUUAACUCACAGUACAGAUGUCCGUUUAAUUUCUAUGAAAGCCAGCUUGGGAUUGAAAGAUGAAAAAACUGCUUGCAAAGGCCAGUAUUCUUUAGAUUUCAUCAGAAAUCUCAUCAAACUAGUAAAAUCCUCAUCCAUAUACUUCUUUACACUGUUGAAUGUAUCAGAUAUAAGAAAUACUGAGACCAGUGUCGAGAGGACUUUACAGCUGACUCAGCACAAAACAAAGGAUGGUUUUCCCUCCCGUGCCAACCCCGGCCAUCGUUUUUAUGGCGGUUAUUGGUGGUUGUUGCCUUCUGUUGCUAGUUUUAUAUCAGUGCUUGAAGGCUGGAAUGUUUUUUAAGACCGAACCACCGGAAGAGAGACCGGAGGAGAAAGGAUACGCGGAGCUCGGUGAACCGUAUGGGACCGAAACAGACGAUGAUUAUGUUGGGCCAUCUUCAAAAGCAACAAGCCGAAGAAGUAGCUUUAAUACAAGUGGGAGUAAGUCGGAUGGUGAGCUUGCUCUCGGUGAUAGUGCUUCAGUGUAUGGUUACGGUAAAUAUUCCGACGGUGAAUACAGUCCCGGCGCAAGACGGGCUGUGUCGGCUUAUGGUGAAGCAAUUGAUAUCGGCCAUGAGGAAUUUCUUUCAACUGCUGGAAGACUACAAGUUUCUGCAAGCUAUGCCCCGACAGCAGAAAAGUUAGCGGUAACUGUAAUCCGCGCUGAAGAUGUGCCGACAAAGCAAAGAGGAGGCGCAGGCAGUGUCCAGGUUCGAGUCGUACUGCUACCUUCCAAGAAGCAACGUUUUAAAACAAAAGCAAAACCGGCAGCAAAUCCGAACUUUCACGAAACAUUCACUUUCAGUCGAGUUCCCCAAAGUGAUUUGCAUGAAAAUGGUCUGAGGUUCAGACUAUAUGGUCACGAAAAACUCACAAGGGAUAAACUGCUUGGCGAAAUGACUAUCAGUCUAACAGAAUUCGACUUGGAAGGGGAUGGAGAGGCGCUAUGGCGAACGCUUACUCCAAGAAAUGCUCUAAGUAGUUCUGAUUCCAUGUACGAUCUGUCAGAUACUGGAAGCGUGAAGAGUGGUUCAUAUGGCUCAGUCUCUUCACUGGCAAUGGCGCAAAGCGGGGCACCCGAGUUGCUCGUCUCGCUCUGCUAUCAAUCACUCACUGGUCGUUUAACUGUAGAAGUGCUUAAGGCGAGCAACCUUCGAAAUGUCUCGAUGCAACGCGCACCAGAUACAUAUGUUAAAGUGGCCAUGUUUAAUUCUAUUGGACAGCAACUCUCCAAGAGCAAAACAUCAAUACGUCGAAGCAUGUGUGACCCUGAGUACAAUGAGAACUUUGUAUUCCAGAUCAUUGAAUUUGAACUACCCAGUGUAAGCCUCAUGUUUUCUGUGGUCAACAUAAAGAAAAUGAGGCGUAAGGAAAUUAUAGGUUGGUUCUCAAUGGGCCGUGAUAAUACUGGUGAAGAUGAAGAAGCACACUGGAAAGAAAUGAUAGAAGCUAAAGGACAACCAAGGAAGAGAUGGCAUAUUCUUAGUGCUGUAGACUACUGAUAUUAUAAAUUUGAAAAGUCUAAUGUUAUUUAUGCAAUUAAUAUUGUAUAUAAGAAAUAAUGGAUUAAGUUAAGUAUUUAUUUACCAGUCUAUAAUUUCCAUUUUUUUACAAUGUCAAAGCAGUAUUUUUUUUUAUAAGCAUUAGAAGUAGUUAAUAUUGUUUCAUUUGAAUUAGUUUCCUACAUAGUGUCUAUAAAUUUGGUGAAUUUUGUGGUAAUUACAACCUACUGACUCUGUUUAGUAAUCAGUAAAGAAGAAAAAUAACACUGGAUAUGGUGGUAGGUUGUAAAUAAAAUUAAAAUAGAUAUAAAUGCUAGAAAGGGGUUCUCUACAUAAGUGAAUAUACCAAUGGCAGCUUAGAUCUGACUGAUACAACCUUUUCGAAGUAAAAUACUUACUAUGGUGAGUGCUAAAACACUGAACUUUUCCUCAACAUGAAAGGUUUCAAGGGGAUUCUUUCAAGAACGGACUACCUUUGAAACUACAUGUAUAGCACUUUAAGAGAUCUACAUUCUAUGUAUCCCUUUAGUACGUGUUAUGGCAUUGAGUCACAAGUUGAAAAUUUGAAAAGCAAUAAACAUUUAAAAGCCUAUCUCA